AUGAGCUGUGUAAGUAAAGGAAGUAAUGUCAUACUAAAUUCCCAAAUUAUUCCCACGGUGGGGCUGUGCAGGAGAUGGCCCCGCCGCCGGCUGCGCUCCCGCCAGCGCCUCGGCGCUUUCCUUUUGGAGAUGUUUAGCACCUUCCAGGUUUGCGCCUGCACCAACGAGCUCUGCCUGCUGGGCAACGCGGAGCCGAAGCCGCACGCCGCCCUCACGCUCACCUACGGCUUCACCGUCCUGCACGGCUUGACCCUGACCGGCAGCAUGUGCAAUCCCUGCGGCACCUUGCAGGCAGCCUGGGGCGGUGGGAUGCCGGUCAAGAUGAGUGGACUGAAGAUCGCCGCUCAGUUCGUGGCUGCGGUGCUUGCCAGGGUGUUUAUGGACUUUAUCUGGAGCCUGGAGAUGGCAGAGCCGCAUUCUGGAGCGCUCUCUCAGGGCUGCAGCAACCCCAUGCAGACUACAGAGAUGCAGGCGUUCUGCAUAGAGCUGCUCUUUUCUGUCGUUUUCCAGCUGAGCGUCCUGCGAGUGGAAAGUGUUAAUCCCAAGUACAAAGUCCAUUUGAUUGCUCUGCUCAUCACCAUGCUUGUGUAUGCAGGUGGAAAUCUCACAGGAGCAAUAUUUAACCCAGCAUUGGCUUUUUCAUUACACGCAGAUUGUUUCUAUGACAAAUUUCUGAGUUACUCACUAGUAUAUUGGAUAGCACCAUCCUUAGGGACAAUACUCGUGGCUUUUAUAUGGGAUGAAAUCCUUCCUCGGAUAUCCUGAGACAUCCAGUUCUGAAAUCUAGCGGUACGACGUUAAAAAGUCACUUUGAAAUCUGCAGACGUGAAGCUUUCAGCAAAACUGUUGCCA